GUGGGAGCGCGGCGCCCCCGGAACGGGAAGCGGAGCCCGCUUCCAGCGCCUCCCGCAGUCCCGCGCCGCGCACGAGGGGUUCCCGCGCGGGCCCGCGCCGCUCCCGCCAUGAGCCUGCCCCUGAACCCGAAGCCGUUCCUGAACGGGCUGACGGGGAAGCCGGUGAUGGUGAAGCUGAAGUGGGGCAUGGAGUACAAGGGCUACCUGGUCUCCGUGGACGGUUACAUGAACAUGCAGCUUGCAAACACAGAGGAGUACAUAGACGGUGCGCUGUCUGGACACCUGGGUGAAGUGUUAAUAAGAUGCAAUAACGUUUUGUACAUCAGAGGUGUGGAAGAAGAGGAAGAAGAUGGAGAAAUGAGAGAAUAGGUGUUUUGUAUUUCUGGAAAUAAACCUUUUUUUUCCUUUUCUGUUUUUCAUACUUUUGUAGUAAGAUGUUUAUUUCCAUUGUGUUUUGGUGUGGGGAAAACAAACCCUUUUAAAGGUCUUUAAUGUUUUAUUGGUGUCUGAAAAAACUAAUGCUGGAGGAACAACAGGUAAUUGUUUCAAUGUAAAGUUGAAAAUAUUGAAAUGAGAAGUGAGUAUUUAAAAAAUACCAGUUAUCUUCCCAUCUGAAGUACAGGAAGAAUUGGCAGUAUCUGCAUUUUACAUUUGUAAAAUGUACAUACAUUUGUAUGUCAUGACUAUUUAAAUACAUUUCGUCUUUAAAACUGUUUAUAAAAUUUUUUGGAAUUAGCUGGGAAGAUUUCACUGCAAGUGAGGUGUGGAAAUCUGUUAGACCCCAGUUUCUCUCAGAAAUAUUCUCCUGCUUGGAGUCGGAAAGCUUGAAGUGUGGCUGUCAUCAAGGAAGGACAAAUGUGUGUCACCUUAGCAGGCACAGAGACAAAACCUUCUGGCAGCUGCAGAGCUCCACAGACUUGAGUGGCAUUACUAGAGCUGGGACAGGACUGCAGAAUGGGAGUGUGCUCUUUGAGUGUCUGCUGAGGAAUGGAAAGGUGCUGUGGUCCUCCUCAGCGUGUUGUGGAGAGGAGAUGUUCUGUCUGUGGCUGCAGGGGGAGUGCAGCUCUGCAGCCCUGCUGCUGGGAUCACACGUCUGUCAGACACGGCUGCAGUGGGCAGGGCUGGCUGCCCGGGGCUGUGCUAGGGUACAACACUGCUUAUGAGAACUGUGGGAAGGACACCAGCCUGUCAGCAUAGAUCCUGCAGAGAAAUACCUCCCUGUUUCGUGUUGGAAGUCAUCCCUGCAGCUAUCCGUGUGUUCCUUUAAUAUUGACAUAUGUAAGUUUCCAUAAAGAGUGAAAAAUCAA